CGCUAACAAUGAGAAUGAAUAGAGCGCUUUGACUUUGGCCAUAGAGGAAGCUAUUCUUUCUAGGUUGACUGAUGACUUGGCAUGAAUCACUGGACGCUAGCACUUCGAUACAGAUAAUCAACAACGACCAUAUUGUGAACUAUAGCCUGCUGUUAAGUGUCCUCGUUGGUUCAGAGCUAAAACUUCUCGUCGAUUCUAGACAAGUGCAAGCUGAAUGUGAAAAGUAUUGGGGACACAGAAGGUCAUUCACAGCGGGGCCUUCACCGACAGCAGAAACCAAGCUACUUGAUCUCGACAGGUCUCCAGUGGCGAUUUGACCCUAACAUUCAUCGUUCGAUUGCCAAAUACAGCUACACUAUAGACUUAGACAACACCUUGAUGAAUCACUUUUUGAAAUACUGAUGCGAAGUACAGUAUAAGUGACCCUUUCCUAUCUCCUGGACUCGCGGUUACAAACGUCAAGACGUUGAGUCACUCUUUCGAUGUGAUGGUCUUUGAUAGCUAUACUUCAGUCCGUUUCUGUGCUUCAACCAAAACGAAGAUGCCGGUUUGAGAGCUAACUUAACAUUACCGUCAAGUCUGAAACCAAGUCGACGACGCUCUUUCUGAAACAGCUUGUCGAUUCUCUGCUUCUAAACUUAUUUAUUAUCUCGACACCAAAUAUUUGCAGAUGCUUUGGUUUUUAGAGGUCGAAUAUGAAUUUGGGUAUUAGCAUCUCGGGUUUUAGUGAACUAAAUAAAACUUCACUUGCUUCAAUAAAACGAUGAUAAGGAAACAUCAGUUACUGGUGAAACACCGACUAUCUUGUAUGUGGAGAAAGCGUUAGUGAAGACUCAAAAACAAUGCAUUGGAGACGAAGUAUAAUGCCUUCAAGAAGACUUCGAAAAAUCAUUUAUAUUGUGGCGGUGUCUGCUGUGAUGUGUUUAGGAAUAUUUAGCCAAUUUAGUGGGAAAGUAAGUAACACAUAUAAAACACAUUCCAAUCUAAGGUCUAUGAAUAACCAGGUGCUUUUUAAUUCACCAAAACCGCUGAAACUUAAUAAAAAGGACUCGAUACAUGAUGCAAAAAAUAGAAAAUUUAAUAAAUUUUCUUCAGCAGAAAGCGUUUCGAAUGUGCGUUAUGUAACGCUUGGACCAUUUAAAAAAACAAAUUCAAUGUUAACUUCAUCAAAGAUUUUUAAAAAAGAAAGUUAUGAAUUAAAGCGCGCAAGAGAAGGCUAUAAACAUGCAGUAAGAGGUCAAUUCCAGUACACUCAGAUGUCACUUGGUAAUAAAGAAGAACAAGAACAUAACAAAUAUUUUAAUAAGGUACGAUCGAGAAAUGGACAGUAUACAAUAGUAAAAACGCCUGUGGGAAAAUCUUCCGCUUUCGUCAAAGGAAGUAUACGAUUUUAUAGCAAGCCAAUCUGGUUUUCAGCAGACGAUAUUGAUUCAAUGGUAAUACUCUCAGGCACAGAUAUCAUGCGUAUUAGUAAUGCGGAGUUUUAUGACGGCCUUCGUUGGAAUACAUUGAUGUUUCCGAAAGAUGAUAUAAAACCGAGACAGUUUGAUCGUACAGAAAAACGGUCUAACUUAGUAUUUUAUCGAGGGCUCACAUCAAGUCUACUGUCUGUGCACGAAGUUUUAGCAUUUCAUCUUGACCGAGUUCUCGGCAUUGGUAGAGCUUUACCGAGCGUAGCAAAGCAUAUCAAAUCAACGAGUGCAAGUACUUUAAAUAUUCCGGAAAAUACUUUGCACUCUGUAAUAGGAAUUGAUAGCGUAGACAUUCAAUCGGUAGAUGGCCUUAUUAAGAGGGAUAUAUUAGAAUGCAAAAGUAUCCAGUUUACUGAUUCAACGGCAUCAAAUAAAUGCGGAAAUAUUGAUGGGCUAGAGUGGGGAAAGCUUGCACUAUUUGAUUUCCUUUUACAGAUUCAUAACCGUCUCAACAAACACUGUUGUGGCUUUCAACCAGAUAGCGACGUCCAAUGCUUGGCCGCCAAAGUUGGGUACUGUUCUAAUGCCUCCAGCUUUAAUAUGGGCAUUGUGCACAAAUCUCGAAACCAUAAUCAACUAAUUUUUCUAAAGAAUGAUAUGGAUCUGAAAAGUUCGGAAAACUCAACAGAUUUUGAAAUUCUUCGAGGAAUUCGAAAAUUUCCCGCUCGAGCCAUCGAUAUCAUACGAAAGGGCAAAUUGAGGUUAAUGUUGCUACAAUCACUGUUUAUUGACAAGGCGUACUGGGAUGGUGUUGGCGGACGACCAGGCAUCGACAAAAUACUUAACGUAAUCAUUAAGAGGGCUAAAUUGUUCAUUGAGUAUUAUGAUACGCAAAUAAAACCAACAUAUCAUCUUCACAAUGAGACGUAGAUCUAUGCAAGCCUGUCGGGAGUUAAAUUAGCAUGUGUGCUGUUUUAUUGCAAUUUACUUUUUUUCAGUAUGAAGAGAAGGUUCGUGAUAGAACACCAAACUACUGACGAUGGUAAAUCAUGAUACACUGUUGGUCGAAUUCAAUACAGAAGCCAUUCAGUAACAUUUAAUGAUUGUGAUAUCACCAGUGAUAAGUAUAUAGCAGGGAGUUGAUAUUUAGAUAACAACUCCCUGUAUAUAGCAUAUAUGGGUAGUAGCACUACAAAUGCAAAAUCUUUGCAGUAUACAGGAAACGAGUCUGAAACAACUUAAAUUAUAUGCACAUCAUCUCACUAUUCAACGCUGCAAAGUUCUAUAACAUUUCCUCGUCAUUACUUUAUUUUAUUUUAUUGCGAUUUCAAUGCCAUGUUAAUUAAUUUUUAUUCAAAAAUCUUAAGGAGUAACAGUUUACAUAGAGAGCUUCUGUCAACCAACAAAUAAAUCAAUACUAAAUAAAUUCAUUUCUCUUAAAAUGGUUUUGUAUCAUGCACACAUUCCCAGUGUUUUCUUAAAUGACUAAUUAAUUUACAAAGAGAAAAUAACAACAAUUUAAAAUGUACGCAAUUAAUUUUCUGUUCAUCUUAUGUAUAAUUAUAGCCCUGGCCUGGUAAUUUAGACGCCUACCAAUUUGCCACUUGUUAAAAUUCAAUUGAAUUAGUGUGAAAUCGUAUAUUCUAACGUUUACAAUAUAUAUAUAUAUAUAUAUAUAUAUAUAUAUAUAUAUAUAUAUAUAUAUAUAUAUAUAGGCCUAUAUAU